CUGAUUUGGCACUGGUAUGGACUUUGUCAGAGAAAGAGUGUUGCGGGUUGCCUUAGGCAACAACGUAUCAGCCGCAAGUGGACAGUUUGUUCAGGGUGCGGGCGGCGGGCUAGACUGGCUGGGCCACUGAUGGUAUAUCUCGCAUUUGAAACAUCACGAACUCUAGUCCGCCAUUAAGCUAUCCUUGCAUCCAAGCCCGAUUGAACAACUCAAAAAAUUAUCCUCCCAUCGAUUUAUCUCUCAAGUUGAUCAAGAUGGACAAGCUCCAGGCUUUUGGAAAGAACUUCAAUGCCCAGUUCACGCCUUUUGCAGCUCGCACAUCGCAGUUUGUCAAGGAACAGCUCGGCACAGCCGACGAGAAGACGCAGUUACCGGACGAGUACAUCGAGCUCGAGAAGCGCGUGGAUGCCUUGAAGCAGGUCCACCAGAAGCUGCUUUCUGUCACUUCUCAAUACUCGAACGAAGCCUAUGACUACCCACCAAACAUCCGGGAAUCCUUCAACGAUCUCGGCCGCACCAUCGGCGAAAAAGUUCAGCUUCUGUCGCACGCUUCCUCCCCCGCCGAAGCCCAGGCUGCUUUGACCGCACCGCCCUCUGCUAAGCCACAGCCCAAGACCUUCAACCAUGCCAUUGCACGUGCCUCCCUUGCAGGAUCACAGCUGAUCGCCCAGAGUACGCACGGCGAAGACCCUCUUGCCGUUGCUCUUGAGAAAUAUGCUCUCGCCUUGGAGAAAGUCGGCGAGGCUCGUUUGGCCCAGGAUGGGCAGAUCCAGUCCCGCUUCUUGGCUGGAUGGAACACAACUCUGAACACCAACCUGACCUUUGCCGCCAAGGCCCGUCGCAAUGUCGAAAACUCUCGUCUCACCCUCGACUCUAUCAAGGCCGGCAAGAAGGCUGCCGCUCACGGCGACUUGGACAACCUGACCGAGGACGCCCGUGUCGAAAUUGAGCAGGCUGAGGAUGAGUUUGUUGGACAAACCGAGGAGGCUGUCAGCGUGAUGAAGAAUGUCCUCGACACCCCUGAACCUCUCCGAAACCUCGCGGAUUUGAUUGCCGCUCAGCUAGAAUACCACAAGCGGGCCUACGAGAUCCUCUCCGAGCUAGCCCCCGUGGUUGACGGAUUACAGGUAGAGCAAGAGGCUAACUACCGCAAGAGCCGCGAAGGCGCCUAAACGCUCAGUAUAGCUUUGUAUGUCGGGAGACUGCUUUUCGAAUCGUUGCCGCCUGCUCUGUACUGGUUAUGAAAUGUUCUUUUUAUUUUAGUUUUUUAUUAUGUUUGAGAUUCCCGGAUCGUAUAAAUACCGUCGUUUCCUACAAGAAAGGAUUCUUCCGUGUAGGUUGCUUGAUGAUCUGUCUGGUGCAGAGACCCCUUUUUUUCUCUGCUAUCUAAAUCUAUUUCCAUACGAUGAUUAAUCGAACAUCAUUUUACUUAUUUUCA